UGAAACACAUGUGUGGAAAUAAUUGUUAGCGCCACUGUGUUUGGUGACUGUAGUCUGUCGUAUGCAUACAAUCACAGAUGUGUAUCAUGAAGGAAUUCAACAACUAAAUUAUGACGGAUGAACUGAUAAACAGAUGUGACUGUCUGAUGGCAGGGAACUCAAGAUACAUGCUGAAAAGAGAAAGGCGUUUGAGACAAAUAACAUGGAACUCCAUUAUGGCUAUCAUAUAAUUUUAGCUUCAUAAGCUCCCCAGUGAAAAAAAUUGAUAUGCUAGAUGGAUUUGGAUAUCACACAGAAAUUGGAGAGAAAACAAGUACUGUGACCAUCAUGUACAAAUCAGUGGAAUAACGACCAUCUUUGUCGGGACAUCGUCACACUAGGAAUUAUGACUGGAACUUCAUUUUGUAGGACAAUUGUCCUAAGGGCACAUAUUUGACUUUCCAAGUGUUGCUUGCAGACAGAAGACAGUGAAUAUUUAGGAAAAACGACACAGAAAUAUAAGUCAUGUUUAGCACAUAAAACAUAUGGACUGGAUGGAUAGUGGCAGCCAAGUCAUAUAUAUGCAGAGAGCACCUGGAGGAGUUUUAUCUCUAUGCAAUAAAAAGAAAAUAUGGCACACAGGAGGAACUACACGUCUUUUAAAUUAAGGUAGGAGAAAGGACUCAAACUCUUGAACUCAAAGACCGUGCGCCUAAUAAGUGCAUGCAAGAACAGACUGAUGAACUAUAGACAGCCUGAAGAAAUUGGAUUAUUUGAAGAGGCUAGAUAUUUUUAUGGAAUGUGAAUUCCUCCCAAGAGAACUCCUGUGUAUAUGCUCCUGGAAUGUUCCUGGACAACGAUGAUUUGACACCCUGUAUAGAACAAUUAUCCAUAUCAUCAUAUGUGAUCAUCCAACUCUGAUAGAACUGAAGGAGGUAAAUAUUGAGAGUUCUAUUAAACAGAAGUUUGGACCCAUUUCUUGCACUCAUGAUAUGUAGCUCUGAUAGCUGAUAAUUAUGGGGAAAACAUCUUGGACUACUCUAUAAGUCGUGUUAUAGGAGACAUCAAGGUGAUCAGGCCAUUGAAUCUUCGGUAUGAAAGUGCAAUCAGACUCUUAUUAGUUAUUACAAGAAUAGGUGAAAACUUUGUCGAGAAAUGAAGGAAGGAUGCCAAGUAACAUUUACAAUAGCACUCUGGUCCACAUGAAAUCUUCCGCAUAUAGGAUACUGAAAUCAGGUGACUGUAUCCACACAGUAUUGCUUUGGUGCAUACUCAGGAUGUCACUGGCCUGCUUUUAAUCAAUGUAUAUAAGGUAGUGUGAUGCCCUACUGAUUUUACUGAAGGAAGGAACCUUGAUAAUCAUUUGGAUAUAGGUUGAGUGCUUGAUUUGCUCGAAGAGUAUUAUGCCUGAUGAAAGGAUGCAGUGUUCAAGUAAUCGCUGCGAAGCAACCUUGCAUAAGGAUUGUUCUGAACAAUAUGAUGGAAGCUGCCCGCGGCAUGUAUGUUUUUACUGCAAAAGGGGAGCAUCUUUUCACCGUCUGAAACAUUUAAUGCCUGCAUGUACUCAAUGUUUUCUGCAAACGAACAGAAUGGCUGAGCCUGUUGAUCCUUCAAAGACAAUGAUAAGCUGUAGCAUUUGGCCAUCAACAAGCGAGGGUGCAGGUCUUGCACAUGGCAUUGAGGAAGCCUUCCGGCAAUUACCUCUCCCGUACACUGACCGAGAGUUCAAUAUUGACCCUAUUAAGACAGAGGAAUUGGAAAGUUUGACAAAACCACCUACAUAUGUUCUUCUGAAGCGUAAUGUUUAUAUUGUCAAGCAUAAAUGUGAUGGUGAUGCCAUUGAAGGUGGAUGCACUGAUUGUGACCCUCCUUUGGCCUGUAAAACAAUGUGCUCAUGCAGGUCUGUAUGGAUUAGCUGCUCUAGGGCCUGCAAAUGCUCAAAUGAAUGCACCAACAGGCCAUUUCGCAGAGAGAAACGGAUCGAGGUUGUUAAGACUCAGCAUUGUGGAUGGGGUGUUGUAGCACUGGAAAGCAUUCAGAAAGGUGAUUUUGUGAUAGAGUUUGUUGGAGAAGUAAUAGAUGACGUGACAUGUGAAGAAAGGCUCGAGGACAUGAAACGGCGUGGAGACCAAAAUUUCUACAUGUGUAAAGUCAAUAAAAACUUUGUGAUAGAUGCAACUUUCAGAGGAAAUGCUUGUCGCUUUCUUAACCACAGCUGUGAACCUAACUGUCAGUUGGAGAAAUGGCAAGUUAAUGGCAAGACAAGGCUAGGUGUUUUUGCUUCACAGGCUAUAGAAGUGGGGAAGCCCUUGACCUAUAGUUACAGAUUCAAACAACAUUUUGGUCCGCGGAUGGAAUGUCUCUGUGGGGCUGCAAACUGCCAAGGCAAGCUGUGAUACAUAAAGAUUGACCAAGGACAGGCACAUAACAGCAAGGUUCAAAGCAAUGGUAAAUAACAGGAAAUGGAAUGUACAGUGAAGAUUGAUUGAGCAGCACAUUUCUCUCUGUUCCAUCAGCUUAUCAAAACCGACGACCAUCAAUGCAUCAUAGAUAUAGCGCUUGCUUAGCUGCUGUCGUUUGUUCUGAUUUAGGAUGGAACUAGUGUUACCCACUGUUCUUUCAAGUGUACAGGUUUUACUAUGUACGUAGCAACUUACACAACAGAAUACCCACUGUUCUUUCAAGUGUACAGGUUUUACUAUGUACGUAGCAACUUACACAACAGAACCUACAAAUAUGGAAUGCAUUGACUGAUUAGCUGGAUCUUUUUAACUCAAAAGGUUCAGUUAAGUCAUUCUGGAUCGCAAAGUUGAAUCUUUGUGCUUUUCUCUGUAAAAUCAAGUCAGUUAUCAGCAAUCAACAAGCUGCAUGUAGUUCC